CCCUUCCGGUGUAAUAUAGAUAGAAAUAAAGAGAGCCAAAACAAGCAGAUGAGAGCAGCAAUGGCAAACUCUGACACUCAUACUUUCCCUCUUCAUCACUGCCAUAUCCACAAACUACAGGCAUAUCUUUAUCGAGCACAUUUCCUUGUUCAUAUGUUAGCCUUAGUAGCUAUUUUCUACUACAGAGCAACCUUUUUUCUUAACAAAACUAGUUUUGCAUAUCAUGCAGUUCCUUUUUUACCUUGGCUUCUAAUGUUUGGUGCUGAGCUCCUAUUCGCAUUCAUUUGGUUCCUCAAGCAACCCUUCUACUGGUGGCCCGUUACUCGGACCGUCUUCCCAGAGAGGCUGCCUAAGGAUGAUGUAUUGCCUGCAAUCGACGUCUUUUUAUGCACAACCGAUCCUAAGAAGGAACCAACUUUUGAGGUCAUGAAUACUGUUAUAUCUGCCAUGUCUUUGGAUUAUCCUGCUGAUAAACUAAGUAUUUAUUUAUCAGAUGAUGGAGCUGCCUCUGUGACGUUGUAUGGUAUAAAAGAGGCUUGGGUAUUUGCAACUUGGUGGUUACCUUUUUGUAAGAAGUACAAUGUUAAGACUGUAUGUCCUCGAGCCUAUUUUAAGCAGCCUGAGCCUGUGCAUGAGCCCGAGUCCAUGGAGGCAAGUCGGCGCAGCGAGUUUAUCGAUGAUAGAAACAUAGUUCAGGACAAAUAUGAGGUUUUCAAAUCGCGAGUGCAAAGCAAGUCAGGCACUGGGGAGAUUGAUGGCGGUUUUAAGACAAGUGCCCAAGAUCAUUCAUCAUUUGUUCAGGUCAUAAAUCGCAGUAGUAUAGAAGAUGAUGCUGCAACUGCAAUCAUAAAUCCAGAACAUGUAGUGAUGCCUUCCGUUGUAUAUGUUGCCCGUGAAAAAAGACCUUCUCAUCCACAUAACUUUAAGGUGGGAGCUCUUAAUGUUCUACUCAGGGUUUCCGCCAUGUUCAGCAAUUCUCACUACAUUCUAGUUCUAGACUGUGAUAUGUACUGCAACGACUCAAAAUCAGCCCGACAAGCAAUGUGUUUCUAUCUUGAUCCUAAGAUUUCACCCACGUUAGGCUGGGUUCAAUAUCCCCAGACAUACUAUAAUGUUAAUGAGAAUGACAUCUAUGACAGUCGGAUGAGAUUUCUAUGAAAUGUAUAUUGGCCUGGGGCAGACGGUCUUCAAGGACCAGUCAUAUCUGGUACUAAUUUUUACAUCAACAGGAAGGCAUUGUAUGGCUUUAGUAUCUAUAAUGGUAAUGACAUAAAGGAACUAACAGAUAUAUAUGGUUUUUCCAAUGAGCUUAUCAAAUCUUUAAGCCGACAUGAGAUGCCCAAGGAAAUCGAGCACCGAGAGCUAUGCUCUGUUUCAGUAAAAGAAGCCCAAUUCUUAGCCUCUUGCGCUUACGAAGAGAACACUAAAUGGGGCCUUUUUUUGCAGGUUGGUUUUCGGUAUGAAAGUGUAGUGGAAGAUGCAAUGACAGGUUAUAUGUUACAGAGCAAAGGGUGGAGAUCAGUUUACUUGAAGCCUUCAAGGCCACAAUUUUUGGGUGCUGGUACGAUUAAGCUCAAUGAACUUUUGAUUCAAAAUACCAGAUGGACCUCAGGACUUGUUCAAAUAGGCCUGUCCAAAUAUUGCCCCCUUAUCUACAGUCCAUCAAAAAUGCAUAUUCUUCACAGGAUAUCUUCUUCUUGGGUCACACUGUAUCCUCUUGGUUUUAUAUCAGUCUGGUGUUUCACUACCAUUCCUCUGAUUAGUUUCCUUUUCGGCGUUCCUUUAUAUCCCAAGGUCUCAGAUACGUUUUUCACAGCAUUUGCUUUUGUGUUUAUAUCAUCCUUGCUGAAGCUUCUAUGUGAAGUUAUAGUUACAGGAGGGUCAGUAAGAACAUGGUUGAAUGAACAAAGGAUUUGGAAGAUUAAGUGGCUUGCAAUUUAUGCUUAUGGAGUUCUGGACAGUGUAUUGACGAAACUCAGGCUCCGAAAAGCUAGUUUCAUACCUACUAAUAAAGCUGAGGACAAAGAUACAGUUAGAUUGUACGAAAAGGGAAAGUUCGACUUUAGGACAUCCAACAUGUUUCUUGUUCCUCUGGUGACUGUGGUUACUUUAAACCUCUGUUGCUUUGUUGGCGGAGUUGCAAGACUGGCUGCUGUUGGAAAUUGGGAUACCAUGUUUGCUCAAGCUGUCCUCUCAUUUUAUGGUUUGAUCAUGAGUUUUCCAGUAAUGGACGCCAUGCUUUUAAGGCAGGACAACGGAUGCAUUCCGUUAUCCACUACUUUGACAUCUACCAUGACUGCUCUUGUUUUACUGAGCUUUGGACAUUUGAUUCUCUUGCGUUAAGGGAUGGAUGUAUGGUGUUCCUUAUGUCCCGUUGUUUUUCGGUUGCAAGGAAUUUGACAAUGAUAUAUGUAAUUAUUGUUGUUAUCUGUUGUAUUAUAUUACGUUUGGUUUACUAUUUUUAUACUAAAAAAAAUCAAAUAACUUACCAAUUUCAUUUCA